UUAGGGACAGUGGGGGAGACAGUGCAUAGGGACAACUCCCAGAUGACAAGCUCAGGUUGUCUCAGACAGAUAUCGGAGAGUUUUGGUACAGAAUUCGCGAAGGAUGCCGUCCAACUGCAAGACAUGUAUGUGUAAUGGGACAAGAGAGACAAGAAUCAAAUCUUACCCUGGCAAACAACUUGGAGUCUCCUCCACCCUGUGCGCUCGACAUGAUUACGACUUUCUCCUGGUAUCAGACACAGUGGUCGGUGUGGUGGCGCGUAGUGCGAUUCUCAAACAGAAUACCUCCGAACGGGUGUCCCGUAAGCUCUCUGCCGGUGCUCGAUCGCGUCGUGGAGGGCGAUUACACCCUAGGACCCCUCACGCCCAGCUGCGCGAUGUAUGUCGACUUUGGCUUCCCUGUACGAGGGCCAAGCCACUCGAUCGGAACGGGGUCGCAAAAGUUGGCUGGAAGACGCAGUGCUUCCUUGACUUGUCUUGGAUGGUGGGAGGGGUGCAGAGGCCAGAAGGGAUGUCACAUGCGUCGUUGGUGCCGGGGGGUUGCGGCCAAUCGAAGAGGCUUCUGCGCGAUCAACGUGUCGUCGAGCUGAAAUGCCGGACAACCUUCUUUUUAGUCCCUAGGCCAGCUGCCGUGGCCGUCGUCUAUCGAAGCGUGGGUUCGGGAGGAUUGGCUUCGCUCGGUGCGACAAUACGGGGUGCGGUCGGUUGUCGUUUGUUUCUUGCGGGCAAUCCGGGGUUUCGAAUUCCAGUUGUUUAAGGGGAAGUUCAACGUUGGAUUCCCAAAGCUCCCGCCGUUCCGCAGUGGAGUGCGACAGGUCCGAAACUGGGCCUUAUCGGUCAGCCGAUAAAGAAUAAGCGCAGGCGCUGUCAGGCGCGUGGGGUGCGCGUCGGGCUGCCUAGGUUUAGCCGGCCCGUUUUGUGGGGAACUGCUUUCCAACGACAGCCCGUCAUCACCCACCAGCGUUGCCAGCUUUCGUCUCAUCACCUGCAUCCGAGUCCCCUGAGCUUCCGACCGCGCGCUCGACUAACGAGACUCGACACAAGUACUCCGAUCAUGGCUUUGGUCAAUGGCGAUGUCCCGCGAUGGGUGGCAGACCUACAGUCUCCCCCAGCUGCUAAGUCCAAGGUCCCCGGCAUCUCCGACCCUCCAGGCUACCCGUCGCAAACCUCAUCCAGUUCAAAGGUAAGC